GACGGAAGUGUUGGCUUGUGCCUGCUGCUGGGCGCUAUGAGUGGCGAUGAUGAGCUGAAUCUCCUAGUCGUUGUAGUUGACACAAACCCUAUCUGGUGGGGAAAGCAAACAUUAGCAGGAUCAGAGCUUACAUUAUCAAAAUGCCUCGAUGCAACCAUGGUAUUGGGAAACUCACACUUGUUCAUGAACCGCAACAACAAACUCGCUGUGAUAGCCAGCCAUAUACAAGAAAGCCGUUUCCUGUACCCUGGAAAGCGUUGGGCAGCUGUAGAUCUCUUUGGAGAGUCUGGGGAAUCUAAUAUUUCGGGCAGCAAGGAUGGAAAGUAUGAGUUAUUAACGACCAUCAAUGAAACCAUUGCAGAGGAAAUCAAUGACCUCAUGACCAACACGGAAAUAAAAGGGCAGCAGACUGAAACGUUACUGGCAGGAUCUCUCGCUAAAGCACUUUGCUAUAUUCACAGGAUGAUUAAAGCAGGAACAGCUGGACAAGAAAUUAAAUCCAGGAUUUUGGUCAUAAAAGCCGCUGAAGACAGUGCGUUGCAGUAUAUGAACUUUAUGAAUGUGAUCUUUGCAGCCCAGAAGCAGAAUAUUUUGAUUGAUGCCUGUGUUUUGGACUCUGAUUCGGGGCUCUUGCAGCAGGCUUGUGAUAUUACUGGUGGUAUCUACUUGAAAGUCCCCCAUAUGCCAUCUCUUCUGCAGUAUUUGCUGUGGGUAUAUCUGCCCGACCAAGAGCAAAGAUCUCAGCUGAUCCUCCCACCCUCUGUUCACGUCGACUACCGGGCCGCUUGCUUCUGCCACCGAAACCUCAUUGAAAUCGGUUACGUCUGCUCUGUGUGUCUGUCAAUCUUCUGCAACUUCAGUCCAAUUUGCACGACUUGCGAGACUGCCUUUAAGAUUUCACUGCCGGCUGUCAUGAAAGCAAAGAAAAAGAAACUUAAAUUUGCCAUCUAAUGGUACUGUUAAUGCCUGCUGCCUUCCGGCUGCAAUUCCAUGGCUUGGGUCGUUGCCGUGAAACUACCAAUGAUGUUUCCAGGAUAACAGAAAGGAGAGACCUGUAUUAAAAUGGGCAGGCCGAGGACUAAACGUUUCGGGACAUUUGCAUAAGUUAGCACAAAACCAGUCUCUUCAGCGACAAGUGAUAACGCUAGCUUGUAAUGCGUGUUAUAAAGUCAUCAUGCUUCAUCUGCAACUGCCUGGAACCCACAACUGCAGCUGGUGGAGAUAUGAAGGCAGAAAUGUACAACACCAAGUGUGUGGUGUCAAGCUCCUCUAUUAGAUCCUUGGACCAAUGCCUAGCAGAACAAGCUCAUUUAAACCUCGACACCUUCCUUCCAAAAUGAAAGCCCCGUUAAAUUUAAUAGAAAUCUAAUUCCCUCUAUUCCCAAGGACUGAAAUUUCAGGGCUCCUGGGCUGGACCUGCAGAGCCAUUUUUGAGUUGAGAGAGAGAGAGA